AUGGUUGCAAUGUCUAUGGCUGAUGGCUUUGCUCGGGUUACUGGACAACCGCAAUGUGUGCUUGUACAUGUUGAUGUCGGCACACAGAUGCUAGGAUGUGCAGUUCACAAUGCCUCAGUUGCUCGUUGCCCAGUUCUAAUAUUUGCCGGACUCUCCCCAUUCACAAUAGAAGGUGAGAUGAGAGGCUCAAGAACAGAAUACAUUCAUUGGCUACAGGAUGUACCUGAUCAGAAAGCAAUUGUAGCGCAAUAUUGUCGUUACAACGCGGAAAUUAAAUCUGGGAAGAACAUUAAACAGAUGGUCAACCGAGCCCUACAAUUUUCAACUAGUGAUCCCAAAGGGCCAACUUACAUUGUGGGCGCUCGAGAAGUCAUGGAAGAGGACAUCAAUCCUUACCACUUGGAUCAGAGCGUCUGGGAAGGUAUUGAACCCGCAGCCCUCCCACCGAAAGGUGUCGAGGCGAUCAUAAAGCUUCUCGCAGAAGCAGAGAAGGGCCUUAUCAUCGUCGGAUACACUGGUCGUAAUCAUGCGACAGUGUCUGAGCUUGUUAAGCUGGUCGAAGCCAUUCCUGGAACUCGUGUGCUUGACACCCUUGGCAGCGAUGUAUGCUUUCCAUAUACUCACCGAGCAUCAUUAGGUGUGAGAAUAGGCAAGGACAAGAGCAUACAAGAAGCGGACGCCAUUGUUGUCAUCGACUGUGACGUACCAUGGAUCCCAACUCAAUGCACUCUACGGCCAGAUGUGAAGAUAAUACAUGUUGAUGUGGACCCUCUCAAAGCCAACAUCCCUGUGCAUUAUAUCCCCGCCUUCCGAAGAUAUCGAGCGGACUCCGAAACAGCACUCAAGCAGUUGAACUCCUACGUUUCCACACACCAACAAUACUCACAGCUCAGUAAGUCGGAACCACAUAUCUCGCGCUGGAACGCUCUUGCCGAGGAUCGACGACAGGUUCUUGAGGAAGCCGCACUCGCUGCUGCACCUCCAGCACAUGACUAUUUACCACCAAGCACGUCUUAUUUGUGUUCACAACUUCGCAAGCAAUGCCCAAAGGAUACUAUCUGGACUGUGGAAGCCGUAACAAACGCUAUGUUUGUAUACGAACAGCUUCAAAUCGACGAACCAGGCCAUCUAAUCAACGGCGGUGGAGGCGGUCUCGGCUGGUCCGGAGGCGGCACUAUCGGGGUCAAGUUAGCCUCAGAUUGGUUGGCUGGUGGUUCUGGUAAAGGGAAGUUCGUGUGCGAAAUUGUGGGGGAUGGAACUUACAUGUUCGGCUCACCCUCGACUGUGUACUGGAUAGCCCGGAGGUACAGUUUGCCGACUUUGACAGUAGUGUUGAGUAACAAAGGCUGGAACGCUCCACGAAACUCACUGACUCUUGUCCACCCUGACGGGUAUGGGUCCAAAGUAUCGAAUGAAGAGCUGAAUAUCUCCUUCGCACCUACUCCAGAUUACUCUGGAAUCGCAAAGUCGGCAGCUGGAGGACAUGCAUGGGCUGGUAUCAUUAAAAAUGGCAAGGAUCUUACAGAGCUCCUUCCCGAGGCUAUCAAAGCGGUGCAGAGUGGAAUUUCAGCGAUCCUCGAAGUCCGACUAAACGGUUCGUGGAGCGAAGAAGAGGCCAGGGGCCUCAACUCAAAAUUGUGA